CUCGAUCUGACACAAAAUGCCCAAUCUCCUCAAAAAGUCGUCUGCUCAGUAAUAGGGGGUUCAUUCUAACAUCAUGCAGAAAUUACUGUUAUUACUCGUUCCCUGUGUACUAGCAGUAGUACUUGUCAAUGGUUAUACAGGAUUCGGCGGUGGAGCUGGAUUUGGAGGCGCAGGUGCAUAUGGCGGUGGCGCAUAUGGCGGCGGUGGUGGAAUCGGAGGUUAUGGGGCCUAUGGUGGUGGAGGACAAACUGUUAGUAGAGGUUACCCAUUGUCCACAUACGCUAACACCGUUGCUACUUUAAAUGAAAGGAAUCGUUUGGCAUACGACCAAUAUCUCAUUGGAAGUUACAAUAACCCCAACAAAUGGUCAUUUAUUCUUCCACUGGCACUAUUGGGUCUGCUUCUUGCAAACAGAACCUCAGUAGCCACAACUGGUUAAAAAGUAAAAAUGAACUUUUUAUAUAUAUAUACAGCUUAUAGGGGAUUGACGGCCAGACCACACAGCACUGACAUGUAAAAAAAUGUUACAAAUAAAAUAAAAAUACUUAUAUUUGA